AUGACAGGUUUGUGAAUCAAGGGUAAGAUGUUUUGUCUUGUUUUGGUUUAUUUACAGUAAGCGCUUCGCAGGGAGGUGUGCCUCUUGUUGAACAAAAUGUACUCCAAUGUUGUCAGGUUGUUGCUAUGGUAACCAGUUACUGUAUACACUAUGCAUUUUUGACUCAUCAGUACUUGGACGUUAUCAGUUGAGGAAGCCAAGUUGAUGGAUCUGUCUUUAUUAUCCAAGUUAAAUAAUAACACAACCUCUCACAAACCCACCCAUGUUGAACAAAACUGAUAGAUAUGUUGCAGAGGUACAUGCAAUUUUAUUCUGUUGAAUAUUUACUUACAAAAUCAGUGUGUAGGUAGUCCACCUCGCUUUGUUCCAAUGUGUCCAGCUUUGUCAAGGCCUCAUCCGAGAAAAAGAAAAAAGUCUUGGCAACAAAAACGUGUGCUUUCAGCAUUGAGCCAUUCCGCUCGAGUUUUGCUUCAUGUGCAGUUUUGCUAGUGUAGAAAGCACAGGCUUUUCAAUCUUAUAAAGAAGUAAAUAAACCUCUUAGACUUUUAUUUUAAGUACAGGACCAACGCCAGGACCAGCUUACUUACAAACUACUUAAGGCUAGACAUUAAAUCUGCAGGUAUUUAAUUGGAGCUUUUCUAGUGGAUUCGAUUGUACAGGAGUGUGACCUGUUACUGACCUUACCCUCACACUUUUGGAUUCUUGAUUUCACAGUCAGGUAAAAGGUGUUUGUGAAGUCUGAAUUGUAUAUAAUGUAAUACUGCCUGUUGUUCAUCCUUGACAAGACUUUUAUGGUUGCCAUAAGAAGCUCCAGAGGGACGCACAGUUCCUCUGCUCACAUCAUAGGCUGGACACUGAACUGGUCGAUAGACUGGUGCUGCAGCUGAACAGGAUCUACCCUCAGAUACUCAGCGACAAAGAAGCCCACGGGGUAAAUAUAUUUGAUGUACCGCAACAUGACAGGUUUACCCUCUUGAAAAAUUUAAUGGACUGAAAACUUACACUAGAAGUACAGCGUUUAGAUAUGAGCAGUGAUUCACUGCUGCAUGUCUCCCUGCAGUUCAGGGACCUGAGUGUACCCACCAAAGUGCGGUUAGCAGAGCUCAUAACACACCUGUAUAUAAAGGGAGAGGAUGCCUGCCAUGAAUUUUACAGAGGACUUCACAUCCAUGCUGAGGAUGUCUACACCAGCCUACCCACCAGAGUCUCCCAGAGAGGUAAAAGCACUGUACAGGCAUGAGAAGAUUGCUAACUAAAGAUGUAGUCCUGCAGACUCACAGACGAAAUGUCUUUUUAGUUGUCAUACUUAUAUCUGCUAACACCAGUUCAUAAACUCAAAAGUAAGCCACUUGAUUCCUCUUUCAUGUUUUAAAUGGUACCGUUUAGUUCCUCCAGCAUGUCAGAUAGUGAUGACGCAAAUCUCUUUAACUAACGGUCUACUAAUGGAACGUCCCCUGCUGUGUAAUAUCCCUAUCUGUCCUUUCGGAGGCUUAUCCAAUUAAUGUUGGAGAGAGAAGCAAUUGUGCUGCUCGCACACCACGUGAAGAGGUGGAUCUCGGAUUACAAAUGCUGUCACUUCAAGUGUGAAAUUUACCGUUUCACCAGUGUUUACUUUCUGUUCUAGACAUGGCAGAUCCGAAAUGGGAUUACAAUGCAGCCUACCCCCAAGACCGAUAUGUGCUCAAUGACAGAGGUGAAUUUAAAUCAACAUCUCACAUGACAAAAUAGGACAACAGAGCAAUUCACAUAAUGUGCUUUUACGUUUUUGUUAUCAUUUUACGUGAAAUAACAGCAGAAUUAUAUGAGUAAUAGUGAAGACCACAGCUGCUAUUUUGGAGGUUAUGUACAUACAGUAUUUAAAAUGCAUGAAUAGUUUGAAUCAGUGUCUCACUCAUGGAUGGUUCAUAUAGUUAGUUUCAUUUUGAGGUAGUGUCGAAAUUGAACUGUGAAUAGAUCAAACAUAUUAAGGUGGGUAAUUCCUCAUAGUAAGAAGUCAAUCAAAUUUUGAAUUAUGAAUUAUUAAGUUACUACUACUACUACUACUACUACUAACAAUAAUAAUAAUACUACAUUUUAUUUGCAGGCGCCUUUUUAUAAAUUAUAAAGUUUAUGAACGGUUUUGAAAACACUUCUUUGCAGCUGUAUUCUAUUAAUUUUGAACUCAUUGAAAACUGUCAUCCCAAGAGAUUCUCCUAAAUAUUUUUCAAAGGAAAUGGUUAGUCCUGCAGAAUAUGAGAAAAAUAGUCAAUGUAGGAUAGCGAUACUUUAUAUGAACAGUAUGAACACAAAUCAAAGUGCAUAUUAGAACUUAAAUCAUUAAAAAUAUUCAAAACAGAACUGUAAAAACUGCUGUUUUGUUACACAUAGUUAAACCUCUCUUAACCAGUUAAUUUGAGGUCAGUUGAUAGCUUGCAUAGUUUCAUCUAACUACAUCGAAACAGUGUGAAAGCUUUUUUUUUUUUAUCAUAUCUUGGCCUCCAUGCAAUAGGUAACAUUUGUGCAUAUGCUGCAAGAGAAAGCACUACUUCUUCAUAUAGAAUCAUUUUUCCAAUAUAUUGCAAGAAAUUUAGAUAUUUUGCAAAUGUUAUUUCAGAAAAAACAAUAAAAAUACAAUAAAUCAUCCAGCAAUAAUCAUGUAGCUAUGAUUGUUUCUAUACAGACUGUAGUUACUCCAGGACAGCAGGGCUCUUAUGCUCAAAACCAUUUACAGACCAUUAAAAUUAAACCAUAAUGUGAUCAUAACCCAGCCAUGAAAUGUGUUUCUUUGAUGCUAUAAUGGUUAUGAAAUGAAAUUUAAUGGGUCAGCCGUCUCUGUCUAUGUAUUGCCUUUGGUGACCCAGUUUUUGUACAGUAGAAAACUUAGGUAGAAGUGAUAGAGAUCAAUUUCUAAGCCUGAAACUUGUGUUAAAGUUUGGAAUAUGAUAUGCUGUGGUGCAUCAUAAAAUGAUUUAAAGUCCAUGGUCCAGCACACAUGUUGAGACUGUAGAUGUAAAACAGUUUUAAUUUAGAAACAUGACUGUGGCAGUUACAUUAAAGUAUGCAGUCUUCUAGUUUAUGUGUGUCAGGGUGCCUCUGCACCCCACACUGAUCCUCCAAUAAGCCUGUUAAGCCAAACUAAGCUUUGUUCUUCAGCACAUGUAGUUGUCUGCUGAACCUUUUAACCCCCAACAUCACUAUGUGGGCCCCUCUGCUCUGCACUGCUUCACCAUUUAUCAUCCCAUUGCAUCCAGGGCUUUGGCUUUGUGGGUCAGUUAAGCUCACGUGUAAACCCCCCUGUCUAAAGCUACUCCUCUGUCCUGCAUUCCUUUAAACAGCCACGGCUGCAUCCACUGGGUCAAAGGUGUGUCAGCAGGGAAAUGGGUCAUGAGUGAAGCAGUGAAACACACAGUGACCCCCCCACUUGUGAUUCAUGCAGAGAAAUGAUGCCUUGUAAUGACUGUAAACAAAAAGACUUAUUCUUAAAGAUUCAAGUAUUUAUUGUUAUUGUGCAACAAGAAAACAGCAAAGUCAGUCAGUUAGUCAUUUUGUCUUUUUUUCAUUCAUUUUCUGAGAAGACUCUGCACCACUCUGCACUAUUGUAUUAUAAAAAGAUAGUAGAUUAAGUGUCGCUUACAUUUUUCCUUCUCUUCUCUGUAGGACCAGUAUUCUUCCUGAGCUGUUUCAGUUUUUUAGUCGGUGUUGCAAUGCUCUACUAUUACGGAGGUGAGUCCUGCAGAGUGAUGUUUCUCUAUUAUAGAAAGUGUACAUUAGCAUCAAAAGCCCCUUCAAACUUUAUUUUUCCCUAUAUAAUCCUCCCUUCAUCCUUAUAGACCCUCAAAUUUAAACCUCUAGAAACUAAAACUCUAUUUUUUUUGGCUCUCUGUCCCCCCAGAGCGGGAUUCGUUGAGAUGCACCAGUCCCUUUCUUCACUGUUCUGCAGCAGCACUAAGUAAUGGCGCUACAGAUGUUUUAAUUUCCUAUGCUGAGGUCUGA